CAAAUUCCAAAGCAGACGGAUUUAGCGACUGUUUUGAACAACUCUUAGGAGUUUUUAUGAUUUUAUAAAUAAACUAAAGGAAACAAACAGAAUCGAAGAUGAAUGACGAAAUUGUUAAAAAGACUAAAGACACUUUAGGAAAAGUUAUUAAAAAUCACCCUCCUCUAACUGACAAAUUACUCAAUAAGCCACCUUUUCGUUAUUUGCAUGAUAUAAUGACAUCGGUAAUUAAAAGCACUGGGUUCAUGAAAGGAUUAUUCGAUGAGUCCGAAAUGCAGUCUGAAAAUGUUAAGGACAGAGAUGCUAAAGUAGCCUUUUUACAGAAAGUUAUUGAUAUUGUUGCUUUGGUUACCGGUGAAAAACCGAGUGCUAGACCGUCUAAAAUUGUUGCUGGCCAAGAACCUGAAAAGACAAAUGAAUUCCUACAGUUAUUAGCGGCAGCUGUCAAUAAAAAACCCGAUAAUGAGUCAGUGGUUCGAAAAGUAUUAAGAGGCUCAGGGAGAAAGAAGGACAGAGAAGGAUCUGCAGCUAGGUCCAAAGAUGAUAAAAACAAGGAAAAGAAGGAUGAUGAUAAGAGACGAAAGGAUAAGAAAGAUAGAGAUAGGGAUAGGGAUAGAGAAGAUAAGGACGAGAAAGAAAAGGAUGAGAAAGAGAGCAGAAGAAAGCAUAAAGAUAAGCGUAGUAGAGAUCAGUCUAGAGAAAAAGAAGAUAAAGACGAAAAGAGGGAGAGGAGAAAAGAGAGAGAAAGAGAAAAGGAAAAGGAGAGAGAAAGAGAAAAGGAAAAGGAGAGAGAAAGAGAAAAGGAAAAGGAGAGAGAAAAAGAAAACAAUUCAACACCAGAAAACGAAGAGAAACACGAAUCUAUGCAGAAUGGAGACUCCUCUGAAACGGAAAAACGAGAAGGUCAUAGACCCCCUAGACCCACUUCUGCAAAGGGUCGGCGAAGGCCUAGACAUGGUAGGAAGAAUGAAGAUGACGAUUCGGGUGUUGAUGAGCCAUUAAGGAGGAGAGGAGUGGACGAAGAGGGAAACGAACUCAAAGAAGCUGUUAUUCCACCUCAAGUUGCUGCGUCGCGAGCCGCUAGACCGGGAAGUGCCAGACCUGCUGCCCCGCGGCCGAAACAAAAGGAUAAUGCACCUCCUGCAGAAGAUAAUCAACAUUUGAUGGCUGGAAAAGUUCCCAAUGUGAUUGUUGAUAAAGCUGACGAUUCAGAUGAUGAUUUUGUCGCCAAGGAAGAAGAGGAUCAACCAAUGCCGAUGAAUGAUGCUCCAAUGAGGAAAGCCGAUAUAGAUGAAGACGAUGAUGAGGAUCACGGAGGUUUAGUUAAGAAAAUUUUAGAAACAAAAAAAGAACAAGAAGAAGCCAUGGCUAAAAGGAGUGGAAAGGUUACCAUUGAAAGAACGACUCAAUCGGAUGCCACUAAGAGAAAACAGAGGGAAUUAGUUCAGAAAGAGAUGGACGCUCUCAGGAAUUCUAUUCAAACUCUAACUAGGUCGGCAAAUCCUCUUGGCAAAAUGAUGGACUACGUUCAAGAAGAUUUAGAUUCUAUGCAAAAAGAAAUGAUCACUUGGAAAGACGAGAACGAAGUUAACAUUAGGGAAUUGAAAAUGGAACAAACUAGGACGAAUGACGUUCUCGAGCCAUUAAAAGCGAAAUUGGUGAAUGUCGAUCAACAAAUUUCGGAUCAACUUGAUUUAAUUGCAGCAACUAAAUCUUCGAUCUUAAGAAAUGAAGAUAGGAUUCAUAAGAUGUUGUCGAGUAUAACCAAGUCUUGAAAUAAACAAAAGACAAAAAAUAAAUAUAAUUUUUUUUUCUGUUUUCGUUUUGUAAAUAUAAUGAAUUGUAAACGACUUAAUUUUCACAAUAUACUGUUUCUUUCUCCUUUUCUUUGCAUCCCUAAAUAGAAUACAAUUUUCGGUCUAAAUUGUUUCUUUCUCUUUCUCUCUCUCUUUCUCUAAACAGCAUCUUUCUGUUACAAUUAUCCUUCUAAAUAUUCUACCUCGUAAUCUAUGAAGAAAUGUACUCUAUUUAACUAUUUUCAAAAUGUCUUAACAUGCAAUAUAUACACAAUCACAAAACAGUAUAUUUCUAGAUAAAUACAAUCUGAUUUUGGUCGAUAUUUAUAAAUUUGCGGGAGAAAAUGUAAUAUUAUAGUCAUAUUUCUUCUACUAACAGAAUAAAAUCGGUAGAUAUAUUUGAAAAAGAAA